CUAAAGAAGCCCAAACAGAGACAGAGACAAUGGUUUUUUUGUAUCAUUCCCAGUUUGCUUGCAGGGUGGGAGGGAGUGGUGAAUGGUGGAAAAUUAACCAGUGUACACACAGACCCUGGACUUUUAGGUGAUCUCCUACACACAGAGAAGAAGCCAUCAGAAGGCAGAAACCUCCAUGGAUUGCAGCAUUUUUCUUGCGUGCUUGCUCUUCAGCUCCAUUGUGGGGAAGGCGUCUUCGUGCUUCUGUGAGCAUUAUCCCUGGUCCUCCUGGUCAAGUUGUUCUAAAACCUGUACACAUGGAAGUCAGAGUAGAUCUCGUAAUAUCAUCUAUGACGAACACUACAGAAGAAACAAUUGUGAACAGCUUUGUGUGAAGAUUGAGAGUCGAUCUUGCAAUGAACAGCCAUGUCCAAUCAACUGCCAGCUAGGAGACUUCGGUCCCUGGUCCGAAUGUGAUCCGUGUCUCAAGAAGCAGUUCCGGGUUCGAUCAUUACAGCGCCCCUCUCAGUUUGGAGGUCAGAGCUGCGCAGGACAGUUAUCAGACUCCCGGCCAUGUAUCCCAACCAAACUGUGUAAUAUUGAGGAAGCAGACUGCACGAAAAGGUUCCAAUGUGACAGCGGUCGCUGCAUCGACCCCAAGCUGAAGUGUAAUGGAGACAAUGACUGUGGAGACAAUUCAGAUGAAAGGGGCUGCAGGAGAAAGAUCGAGCCCAAAAGAAGCUUUGAGAACAUCCCCGGGGUGCAGCUGAUGGGAAAUGGGUAUAACUACUUGUCCGGGGAGAGUCGGGGCGAGAUCCUUGAUAACUCAUUUUUUGGAGGAAGUCGUGAAACAGUUUCUGGGAAUGGAACAGGACCAAACAGGAAGUUAUAUCGGCUGCCUGCAAAUGUGGAAAGCAUCACAUUUCAGACGAAAGACGAGGAGGAUGAUGUGUCCUCUGAUUUCUACAACAGUCUCAUCAAUUUCGCUCAUUCCGGUAGCCAAUCUGGCGUUUAUCAGGGGUCAGGAAGUAGAUCUAGUGGAAUUCCCAUAUUAUUCCAUUCUCGAAGUAAAACCAAAAGGACGUCCUCCUCAUCCUUUAAGGAAGCCUUACAAGCCUCUUAUAAGAAGAAUUCUAACUUCAUUCGGAUACAUAAAGUGAUCUCGGUGUCAGAAUUCCGAAUGAAGCCGGACAAUCUGUGGCUGUCGGACGUCUUCCUGCGAGCUCUGAAUCAUCUGCCCUUGGAAUACAACUAUCCGCUCUACAGCAGAAUAUUUGAUGAUUUUGGCACCCAUUACAUCACAGCGGGCUCCAUGGGUGGAUUAUAUGACCUCCUCUAUCAGUAUAGUGCGGAAGAGCUGAAGAGUUCAGGUCUGACCGUGUCUGAAUCAACUGAAUGUUCGCGAACGGAAACAACGAAGCGGUUUCUUUUUUUUAAGAAGAAAACCGUGAAACACAUAUGUACGACCAACAAGAUGAGCGAGCAACACGCAGGUUCAUUUUUACAGUCCUCUGAAAAAUCGAUAUCUCUUGUCAAAGGCGGCCGGGCGGAAUAUGCAGCGAAAUUAGCCUGGCAGAAGAAGGGUUCCUUCCCAGAGCACAACGUCUACGCAGAAUGGAGCGCGUCCACCGCGGAUAACCCUGUGGUGGUGGAUUUUGAGCUGAAGCCGAUUGUGGAUCUGUUGACUGGUUUUCCAUGUGCGGUGACAAAAAGGCGCAACCUCCUGAAAGCGUUUGAUGAGUAUUUAGGAAAUUUUGACCCGUGCCGCUGCUCGCCGUGCCCUAAUAACGCCAGGACUGUAUUACUGGACACUGAGUGCCACUGUGUGUGCCAGCCUGGCACCUAUGGGGAAAGUUGUGAGAAACUGGGUCCAGAUUACAAUUCAGUUGUGGUUGACGGGUCUUGGAGCUGUUGGUCAGCCUGGAGCUCAUGUGACGCCUUCUCAAAUAGGAAAAGAACGAGGCAGUGUAACAACCCUACCCCUCGUAAUGGGGGCAAACCAUGUGAGGGUCCGCAGACGGAGGAGGACUAUUGCUAUGUCGCUCUGUUUGAAGACAAAGGAGCGCUCUGUAUUAAUGAUAAUGAAGACAAGAAAGAAGUGGAUCAGAAACAUCCCGAUCCUGACAGUGGAUGUCCCAAACCUGAGCCCCCAGAACAUGGACUACUCGCGAAUGAGAAGACCUGGUAUUCUGUGGCCGAGGAGGUCGAAAUCAUCUGCUUCUCUGGUUAUGAACUUUCUGGGUUUCAGUUCCUGAGAUGUCUUCCUGAUGGAACGUGGAAGCAAGAGCCUGUGGAGUGCGUCAGGACAACGUGCCCCAGACCUUCAGCAACCGAUGACGUCACCAUUUUCCGCUUCAAGUCAGUCUAUAAAGUCGGGGAAGUGAUUCAGUUAAGUUGUCGGUCCGGAUUUACAGUCACCGGGGAAAAGCGCUACACGUGCGGAAGUGAUUAUGAGUGGAGCCCACCGAUUCGGGGAGAUCUCACCUGCGAAAAAGUACAACAAAAGGCCUCUCAAGGGAACUGCGGCCCGGGAGAAAAGCAAGUGGGUUCUCAGUGUGUCUGCAUGUCAUCUGAGGAGGAUUGUGGGCAUGAUACGAAAGAUAUCUGCGCUUAUGAUGAAGGGAUUGAUGACUUAGUCACUGUGUCUCAGUGCAAUUUCUUUGCUGAGCAAUGCCAGGGAUUGAAACGGCUUAAUUUCUUAAAUAACGGCACCUGCAAAGAGGCCAACGUAAACUGGGCACGAGAGCGAAAGUCUCUGUCGGCAAGAAGCACCAAGAGGGAGCCGUGUGGAUACGACUUCUGCUACGACUGGGAACGAUGCACAGGGUCUCAGUGUUCUUGCCUUCUCCCAUAUCAGUGCCCAGAGAACAACGGGCAACUCUUUUGCAUCAAGACCGGAUCUUCUGGGAGACAGAGAACGGUGAACCUCUGCGGACUGGGAGCCAUAAAAUGCACUAAGCUGAAGGCUGAGAUAUUGCAUGAUGGCACGUGUGCCCAGUAAACCACCCCUCCCCCCAUAUAUGUCCCAUAAAAAUAAAAAUGUAUAGUUAGAUGGA